AUGGAGCCCUCUCCCUCCACUGGCGAUCAGGUGAAACCGUUUGCUUGCCCUGCGUGCCCCUCUCACUUUACCAGGCAGGAAAAUUUGAAUCGUCAUAUUGCGUCAGUCCAUCGCAAGUCCAAUUUGAGACCCUUCGCCUGCCCACAAUGUGCAGUUAGUUUCUCUAGAAGCGAUUUGAGGAAACGACAUGUCAGAAAGUUUCACCCCCAGCAGACCAAUGAUUCUGAGUCGUCAAAGUCUACGGUUGACAGAAACAGGGUGGAUGGGACAUCACAAUUGUCGUCGGCAGUUCCACAACUGAAUAGCCCGGUCCAACUGGCUUCUUCUCUGUUUAUAUCAAGGGCUCAAAAUCCAACAGAAAACGAGAAUCAUAGCAGCACGUUUAACAACAGUAACAGUAAUAUUAAUAACAACACAAAUGGCACCAAGAAAAAUAAAGAUAACAAUCCAGAGUCGACCACGAACCUAUUCACGGCGCACAAUAUUUCAUGGCUUUUCAAGGUGCCACAAUUUAUAACAGCAUAUUUUGAAAAGUUCCAUCCGCUGUUCCCAAUAAUUCAUCAGCCGACCUUUGAUAUUGCAUGUGCUACGGAGCCUUUAUUGCAAGCAAUUGCCUGCAAUGGAGCUAUCUAUCAAUCGGCCGGGGAGAGCCACAACAUUAGUCUAGGACUCUUUGAGGCUGGCCUCAAAUUCCUGGAUAACUAUGUUCAAGAAGCCCCUUGCUCGGCAUUUCGAAAACUUUGGGUUUUGCAGGCUUACAUACUCUUUGAGCAUUAUGCGAUAUACUCUUGCCAGGAUGGCCUUUUCACAAAGGCUCUUAAUAUCCAUCGAAGAAUCGUUGAUGCUGCAAGACAGUAUCAGCUUCUUCAAGACGGCGUCACGUUGAAUGGUGCAUCGACUGCAGGAGAAUGGGAGUUGAUUCUACAGACACAGGAGGUGUCAUUCAAUGAAGAAGACGACAAUAACGCUAAUGUGGAGCCGCGGCCAGCACAUGGAGACCUCUACGAAAAUAUUAUGCAACUGAUGAACCCGAAUCCCCGAAGACGGCCGCUCGGUUUCCUCUGGUGGUCACCUUUCUCUUGCCUGAUGCUGAUUAUCCAGAUUCAAAUGAUGGUCAGAGACUUGACCACCUCUAGCAUAUUUCUAUUCAACAAUAUUUCCUCUGAUGAAAACAGGCACAACCUUACCAUAUUAUCAGAAGACAACAGGGCUCCAAUAAUGAGAGCCUUGGAAGCGCUCGCCGACCUUAUGCCAAACAUAACUACACCCGGCUGGUCUUAUAUUUUUAAUAAUAACAUUUCUGUACCCGCAGUUGACCCUACAGUGUGGCAUCCUGUCUGGAUAGCCUGGCACUACACAGCGAUGUGUCUCACGCACCAAGACUCUCUUCUUACCAGUGGCAUUGUGGAAUACGGUCUUCCGGCAGCUAUUUCGACUACAUGGGAGCUCGGUAAACCUCGGGCAAAACAGCAUCGCGAUAUAUAUGAAGACCGAGACGUAAUCCGAGUUGUAAACCACUUUGAGAUGAUUCUGUUGUUAUUGACACGACCUUCCGCUGGUGGAUACUUUGGCCAUUCGCCAACAUCUGCGACCUCACGGCAGUUUAACGGAGACCAGUUCACGACGAUCCUGUGUUUCAAAGCAUGUAUCAUGGGCUGGCGUGUUUUGCGCCUCAUGGCUUUAACGCUUGAACGGAGUGCUGCGUACGAAGCACUGCGGCUGAACAAACCAAGCAUCUGUUCAUGGUCAGCACGUGUCGUACUAAGUAGAAUUUUGGGUCCUAUAAAUCCUGAUAGCCAGAACUUGUUCAUCUCCUCUCAGCAGAAUAGCGAACUACCUCAGAUUGAAGCGGCCAGCUGCGAGGACCAGUAUCUGGAAUGGAUGGAGCAAACAUUCGCCUUGAGAAGUCUAAGGCCAAUGAGCAGAUGGAUACUGGCGGUCAUUAGCGAGACACGACUGGAAGAGUCACGAAACCAAACCAUGACUUCUUUCCCCUAG